AGAACUAUACACGAACUGUAUGGUUCUGAUUAAAAGGGAACGAACAAAGACCCUGGUAUUUCAGCCCUCGAAAAGAAGGGAUCUGUUCUUAUAUAACGACAAUGGUGUGUUGGCAGUCAAAAGGGUGAAGGAUUUCAGGACGGAUGAAAAUUGUCACUUUGUACAAACUGGCUCAAUAAGCAUUGGUCCAAAUCCAAAGAGAAUAUACACUUUCCAGUCCGCAGUAAACACUUCCAUGUACUUAGGGGUCAAUGAUGAUAUGACCUUUGGAUUAACCGAUAUCAAUAAAGCGUCAGACACAGAUUUUGAGAAGCGUUUGUGUGUUCGAAAACCGUAUGAAAGGUUUCUCAAGCCAAACAAAGAUACAGUGGUUCUGUAUAGCAGUGAUUCCGGUUUUGUGGUUGAGAAGGAUAAGGUGAUAACGGACCCUAACCCACUACACGGUUACUGCUAUUACUAUGAAGGCCAAGGACUUGUGCAAAUUGUUAUUAGAAACAAUGUGGUGUUUGUAGAUUCAGUUGAUUAUUAUCCAUUUUGAGACAAAUUGUAAGGGAGUUUACUUCUGACGGUAGUUUUGGUGCAUGCAGAUAAAGCAAGAGUGUGUUCAGAAUAGCAACAGCCAUGUAAAUGUAGGCGAAACGGUUGGAAAUAUGUAGUUUAUGUAUUUUAUACAGCUUUUUAAAAAAAAAUAUGUUAUCAUCUUUUCAAUAGAAAUGAUCAGGAGAGAGUAUUUGCUGAACUGUUGCUGUCUUUGUACAUACAUAUCCUCAUCUCAAAUUAUAUAUAAGUAUAUGUAAUUCAUAUACAUGUAAUUAUAAAUACUAGUAAUAUAGUAAUUUUAUAUUGAA